UUUGCAAAUGUACAUACUUAUGUUGAGAUUGUUUUCAUAGAUCCUAAGUAUAUUUAUGAAUAUUAAAAUUUAUUAAAAUCGUGUGGAUACAAUUUAUUAGAAAAAAGUUUGAAGUAUUAAUACCUUUGUGAAGUGAAUAUGUUCUCAAAUAUAAGUGGUAUAAAGUAUUCUCCGUCUGAAACUAAAAAUUUUUAAAUUGGGCUAUAAUGCCCAAUCGGCAGAUGCCAACUCGAUUACGAUUCAGAUAGAAAAUUUUAUUCUGGGACUUUUGAACUGUAAAAAUUAAUACCUUAACAUUUUAAAAAUUGUAUCUAAUUGUAGAAAUUAUUAAGUUCUUAAUUAAAUGUGCCCCAUAAAUCUGAGACGUUUUUGUGAGGAGUGGCGUAUCUGGAUACGACCACUUCUAAUCGUUACGUACUGUAUAUUUUUAAUUAUCGUGGUUCCCCUGCUUAUUGUAAAUUCUGUAAAGGAUGGCUUCAAGCGCAAUGACCAGCUUAUACUUAUUGGUGGUCUAUUUGUAUUAUCAGCGGUACCAAUUUCUAUUUGGCACAUUAUUCAACAUGUCAUACACUUUACAAAACCGAUUUUGCAGAAGCACAUUAUUAGAAUUUUAUGGAUGGUUCCAAUAUAUGCUCUAAAUGCGUGGAUAGGUCUGUUUUUACCAAAGCAUUCCGUAUAUGUAGACUCUCUUCGUGAAUGUUACGAAGCUUAUGUGAUUUACAACUUUAUGGUCUACCUAUUACACUAUCUCAAUUUGGGUAUGGACCUAGAAGCAACGAUGCAGUAUAAACCUCAGGUGUAUCAUUUCUUCCCACUUUGUUGUAUGCGGCCUUGGGUAAUGGGUCGCGAGUUUAUACAUAAUUGCAAACAUGGUAUUCUUCAAUAUACCGUUGUUCGGCCUAUUACCGCCUUUAUUUCUGUUAUUUGCGAGAUAUGUGGUGUCUAUGGAGAAGGCACAUUUGCUGGAAAUGUGGCAUUCCCCUACAUCGUAGUUAUUAACAACAUUUCACAGUUUGUGGCUAUGUAUUGCUUAGUACUAUUUUAUAGAGCAAAUAAAGAGGAUUUGAAACCAAUGAAACCGAUACCCAAGUUCCUUUGUAUCAAAGCAGUCGUUUUCUUCUCGUUUUUCCAAGGUGUAAUAUUAUUUUUAUUAGGCUAUUAUCAACUUUUACAGAAAAUAAUCACACUUGGAGAUAAUACGAAUUUGGCGUCAAUGCUGCAGAAUUUUCUGAUUUGCAUUGAAAUGUUCCUAGCCGCAGUAGCCCAUAUUUACAGUUUCCCGCACUAUCCGUUUCAUAUCAAUUCGCCUCAAUACUGGAAUAAUCCAAAUCAUAAUUGGUGCCGUGCGUUCCUCUCAAUGAUGGACAUAUCGGAUAUGCAGCAAGAUGUGACGGAGCAUCUAGGAGUAGUAAGUAGUUCGAUUAGUCGACAUUUUCAAGGUCGAAGCACAUACCAGCCUCUCUCUCGUGGACCCCGCCGUUCCAGUAGUGAAACGGAAUAUUUGAUGAGUAAGCGAGAAGAUGGUGAUAGCACUACAGACGGUAUAGUUAGUGACAUGCCCACAACAAGUUCUAUGAUCGGCGAUGUAAUGAUAGUUGGCGGAGGUGGCGCUGUUAUACAAAAAGCCAAUCGCUACGGAGCUACUGAUAAUCUUUUAUUGCCUGUUGGCGAGGUCGCAAUAACCACUGAUUCUACAUCUCACAUCCACUUAGCAGGCAACCGUGCACCGCACAGCGCAUCAACUAAAACGUCGACAGCCACCAACAUAACAACCGCUGGAACGCAUUCCAAUUUCGGUAUAAAUAUACAGAAACGGGAAGUGCACACACAAGAAUACUCACCACAGCAAUUAUAUGGGGCCCCUGUACCCAGUGGCAAUAGUUUCUUGCAAGCACGAAAUAUAGGUGGGCAYUCCGACAGCAUUCCCGAGGCAGAUGAUGAUUUUGUCUCUUUAAUUGGGGCUAGCAGAUGACAUCGUAAUCUCGAAUGUAAUAACCACAGUCAGAAUAUCAAUUCAUCGGCAGUCGAAUCGACGUCAAUGUCGGUAUCGGCUUCGGUGAACUUUUCUAGUAGUCUUAAACUGUCGACAGGCGAGAGCGGCAGUUGCAGUUCCUCUGAUUGGCUUAGUACGUCGCACUCUGAAGAUAACAACGACAAUGACAGCAACGACCACCACGAUGACAUCAACUUAAUACCAAACGAUGCUAAUAUUCGGGAUAUUCGGCAAAUGAGUGACUUAGGGGGGGAUAACAUUGUUGGUAGUGCAAGUGUUGCUUAUAAUGUUGAGCAGCAUGGUUGCAUUGAAAAUUCACCGAACCACGUAGCCAUGAGACGAUCACGACAAAGACCUACAAACAACGAGCACAUCACAUAAAUUUCGCGGCGACGAUAUAUCCACAAAUUUUAAUUUCUUACAUAAYUUGUGUUACUUAUUAUUACUUCCUCUGUAUAUUGUUGGAGUUAGAUAUGCUUAUUAUAUACACUGAAAACAUGUCAUGAUGUAAAGUAAUCAAUUAUGAUUUGUUAAUAUUGGCAUAUGA